AUGGCUUCUGUGCUAAAGAACCAGAUCGCAAAGUAUGCCAGAAUAGCUCCAAGAGGAAUCUCUUUGAAAGAAAUGGUCCAGGUGGGUCAACACCCAAGUGAAGAAACACUAUACAAUGCUAGCAAGUUUAUCGUUAGAGAAUUACCUAUAAGGUUGGCUCAUAGAAUUGAAGAACUAGAAAACCUACCUAAUGGGUUGAACCAAAUGCAAUCUAUUGAAAAAGUCAAGGAUUGGUAUACUCAAUCUUUUGAUGACUUAUUAGAUAUAAGUUCAAAAGAAGAUGCUAAAGAUCCAAUGUUACAUGAUCCAACAGUGGCAACAAUGGCUCAAGGUGUUAUCGAAUGGAAAAAUGAAAAUAAAUCAAGAUCUAUUGAUCAUUCAAUACAAUCUUUUUUGGAUAGAUUUUAUAUGUCAAGAAUUGGAAUAAGAAUGUUGAUUGGUCAACACAUUGCAAUCAAUGAUGAACCCGCAAGAGAAAAUUAUGUUGGUGUCAUUUGUACAAAGACUAAUGUUGGAGAAGUUGCUAGAGAUGCUAUAGAUAAUGCUAGAUUCAUUUGUGAAGAGUAUUAUGGUUUAUACGAGGCUCCUCAAGUUGAAUUAUUUUGUCCUGAAGAAUUAACAUUCAUGUAUGUUCCUGGUCAUUUGAUGCAUAUGUUAUUUGAAGUCUUGAAAAAUUCUUUAAGAGCCACUGUGGAAACUCAAAUGAAAAAAAAUAGAGAAAGUUCAAAUCCAAUAACUGAUAUAAGUGAUAUAAAAUUCCCUCCUGUAAGGUUAAUUGUUGCUGAAGGUAAUGAAGAUAUAACAAUAAAGAUUAGUGAUGAAGGUGGUGGUAUUGCAAGAAGUGCUGUGCCUUUAGUUUGGACUUAUCUCUAUACAACAAUGGAGGAUACCCCAGAUCUUGAUGCUUCAUAUAACAAGACAGAUUUCAGAGCUCCAAUGGCUGGAUUUGGUUAUGGAUUAGCAUUGAGUAGAUUAUAUGCUAGAUAUUUUGGUGGUGAUUUGAAAUUGAUCUCUAUGGAAGGUUAUGGUACAGACGUGUACUUACACUUGAACAGAUUAAGUACAAGUAGUGAACGUUUGCAAUGA